UGUCCAAGAUGGCGCCCAUUUGGCGCAUGCGUAAACGGCAGCGACGCGGCUCGGGACAGAUGACAAAGGCUGCGAACAGUCACAACAAUGGAUUAAAAGCCCUAAGAUGGAGGGUAAAUAGAAGCAGGUUUAUUUCACAACCCACCGCACCCUGAGCUAAAAACACUGCUUUUUGUUGCGUGGGUCGUGGGCUACGUGGCUUUUCUGUUGUCGGCCAGGAGGAUGUGGAGCGGGAAGUAUGCGAGGAGUCCACUCGUCCGGUCGCUCGUUGCCAACAUGAUGAGCGAUAACGAUGCGGCCGCUGCAGACACACAGUGGUACCGAUGCUCUCCAGAACUACUGGGAGAUUCUGUGCGACCUCUGUUCAUCCAGAGUCACCUGGACUCUGGUACCAAAGCUUUUCUGAAGCAUAGUGUGGAAAAGUCCAGCUGGGUGUUAACUCAGCUCUACCACUCCUUUGUCUCCACCGUCCUCAGCCCUGUGGUGUCACGCACCUCCAUCAACGGGUUCCUGGGCCGAGGCUCCAUGUUUGUGUUUUCAGUUGAACAGUUCCAACAGCUGCUUGGCAUUAACCCAGAGUGGAGAGCAGAGAGACUCCUGGACCUGGGGGCUGGUGAUGGAGGGGUCACAGAAGUAAUGGGAGGUCAUUUCAGAGAGGUCUAUACAACCGAGGUCUCCUUGUCCAUGAAGUGGCAUCUUCAGAAAAGGAACUACAAAGUUCUGGACAUUGACGAGUGGCAGAGAACGGGCUUCCAGUAUGACAUCAUCAGCUGUCUGAACCUUCUGGACCGGUGUGACGAUCCUCUGCUGCUGCUGCAGGACAUCAGAGACGCACUGGUUCCUCACACUGGGAGACUCAUCCUGGCUGCUGUGCUGCCGUUCCAGCCUUAUGUGGAAGUGGGAGGUCAGUGGCAGCGUCCCAAACACCAUCUCAGAGUCCAAGGAAAGACGUGGGAGGAGCAGGUCACCCACCUGUCCGAGGAGGUGUUCAGGGGGGCGGGGUUUGAGGUGGAGGCGGUGACGCGGCUGCCGUAUCUGUGCGAGGGUGACAUGUACAACGACUACUAUGUUUUGGACGACGCUGUUUUUGUCCUCAAAGCCUCCAUCAACCCUGGAGAGUCAGCAGAGUGAGAAACAGACUGGACAGAUGUUCACUCACCAGAGUGAUCCAUGAAUGUCUGCUCAGGUUUUUCUACUUCCGACAUGGAUUUCUGACAAGAACUGCUGACAAGUUAAAGUCCAAACCUCUAACACAAAUCAUCUGAGAUGGUGUUGAAAUCAUUUUUAUUUGUUUACACUGUUGAUGAUCUCUGUGACCGACCUUAGGAACAAACAUAUGGACCAGAUGUGAUUGAACUCACGUGACUGAUGGAAUCAGAGCUACUGUGUAAAUGGGACAUUUUUAUUGUGAAACUGUGUCUGUGGUUCAAACAGCAGAUACACAGGUAGAUUGACAGCAGCAGAGCCAUGACAGUAUUAUUGUUUCAUGUUCUAAACGUUCCAUACUUCUGCUGUCAAGUGUUACUUUGGUGCUACACUUUAAACAGUAUUUGUACCAACAGAAGGUAUCUGAGACUAGUUUGGACCUGCUGUGUUUACAUGUCGAUCACAGCUGCUGUAGUGUACUUCAUGAAAUGUAUUUUAAAGGUUUUUAAAUAAUUGGAAAAAAGUGCUUCAAAAUGUUUGAAAACUGCUGCCGUUACUAAUGAAGCAAAUAUUGUAACUCUGUGACGCAAAGUUUCACUUAAAAAAUAAAGAAGUCCAUAAAA